AUGUCUCGGGAUCGGUUCCGGAGUCGUGGCGGCGGCGGUGGCGGCUUCCACCGGCGCGGAGGAGGCGGUGGCCGAGGUGCGCCGCCGCCGACGCCGCCGGCCAGCGGGGUCCCGACCACUCCCCCACAGACCGGUGGCCCGCCGCCUCCCCCUGCGGGCGUCCCGGGACCGGGCCCCGGGCCGAAGCAAGGUCCAGGCCCGGGCGGCCCUAAGGGCGGGAAGAUGCCCGGCGGGCCAAAGCCCGGUGGCGGUCCGGGCCUCGGCGCACCUGGCGGCCACCCGAAGCCGCCGCACCGAGGCGGCGGGGAGCCCCGCGGGGGCCGCCAGCACCACCCGCCCUACCACCAGCAGCACCACCAGGGACCCCCGCCCGGCGGGCCCGGCGGUCGCAGCGAGGAGAAGAUCUCCGACUCGGAGGGAUUUAAAGCCAACUUAUCUCUAUUGCGGAGGCCGGGAGAGAAAACUUACACUCAGCGUUGCCGGUUGUUUGUUGGGAAUCUGCCUGCAGAUAUCACGGAGGAUGAAUUUAAAAGACUGUUUGCUAAAUAUGGAGAACCGGGAGAGGUUUUUAUCAAUAAAGGCAAAGGAUUCGGAUUUAUUAAGCUUGAAUCUAGAGCCUUGGCUGAAAUUGCCAAAGCUGAACUUGAUGAUACGCCCAUGAGGGGCAGACAGCUUCGAGUUCGUUUUGCGACACAUGCUGCUGCCCUGUCUGUUCGUAAUCUUUCACCUUAUGUUUCCAAUGAACUGUUGGAAGAAGCCUUUAGCCAGUUUGGUCCUAUAGAAAGGGCCGUUGUAAUUGUGGAUGAUCGAGGAAGAUCUACAGGGAAAGGCAUAGUUGAAUUUGCUUCUAAACCAGCGGCAAGAAAAGCAUUUGAAAGAUGCAGUGAAGGUGUUUUCCUAUUGACAACAACGCCUCGGCCAGUCAUUGUGGAACCACUUGAACAAUUGGAUGAUGAAGAUGGUCUUCCUGAAAAACUUGCCCAGAAGAAUCCAAUGUAUCAAAAGGAGAGGGAAACACCACCUCGUUUUGCUCAACAUGGCACAUUUGAGUAUGAAUAUUCUCAGCGAUGGAAAUCUUUGGAUGAAAUGGAGAAACAGCAAAGGGAACAAGUUGAAAAAAAUCUGAUGAGACGCCAGGAAGAAUUAAGACGUAUGGAAGAACUUCAUAAUCAAGAAAUGCAGAAACGUAAAGAAAUGCAAUUGAGGCAAGAAGAAGAACGGCGUAGAAGGGAGGAAGAGAUGAUGAUUCGCCAACGAGAGAUGGAAGAACAGAUGAGACGCCAAAGAGAGGAAAGUUACAGUCGAAUGGGCUACAUGGAUCCAGUAAGUCCAGUAUUACUGCAGUAUAGUUGGAGUUCUACAGAUGUUUGUAGUCCACCUCUAGGUGGUGGUGGUGGCAUAGGUUAUGAAGCUAAUCCCGGAGUUCCACCAGCAACCAUGAGUGGUUCCAUGAUGGGAAGCGACAUGCGUACUGAGCGCUUUGGGCAGGGAGGUGCGGGGCCUGUGGGUGGCCAGGGUCCUAGAGGAAUGGGGCCUGGAACUCCAGCAGGAUAUGGU